AUGGAUCAAAGUUCAGAAAAAGAACUAGAGAAAUAUAUUAAUAAUAGGGUGCAAUGGGAUUCAUUACCAUCACAUGCAAAAUCAAUAUUAGACCAAUCACAUGUAAAAUAUAAACAAUACUGUUUAAAAUAUAGUAUCAAACAUCAAUUGAGAUGGGAUACAAAUUUAAUUAGUAGUUUUGUUACUGAUGAAAGAUUAUAUUAUCAAGAAAUUGUUAGAUUAUCGGUUGCAAAUUUAGUUUUAUAUCCAUAUCAUAUUCAAGAUAAAUUAGUACCAAUGUUAAAUGUUACACCAUUUAAAUAUUAUUUAAUAAUGAUGAUUGAAACAAUGACAAAUUCAAAAUCAUAUGAUGAAAUACCAAAUUUUACAGCAGUUGAUUGUAUAAGAGUAUUAGGAAUUGGUAGAAAUCAAUUUAUAGAUUUAAUGAAUAAAUUUAGAUCAAAAGGAUUUUUAUUUAAAAAGAAAAAAGAUGUUAUUAGAGGUUUAUUACCAACAAGAUCAUUAGAGAAGAAUAUUGAAUAUUGGUGGAUACUUAGAUACGGUUAUCCAAAUCAAGAUGAGGAAAGACAGGGAUCAUUACCAGCUAGUGAAUUGGAGGUAUUGGAUGAUCUAAAGAGAUCCAAUGGUAUCAAUGGUAAACAAGCUGGUAUCUAUUGUAGAGAAUCUGUGAUAUCAUUGAUUUCCAAAGGACUGGUUUACAUUGAUGUACCCAUUCAAAAUCAAGAUACAAUCUCUGUACCACCUUUGGAAGGAUUUGUUAUGAAUAGAGUUUUAGGUGACUAUUUCGAGAAUUUACUCUACAAAAUAUUCGUAUCAAUUGAUGAACGUACAACAAUUCAAAAGUUAUCAGAAGUUUUACAAAUUAAUGUUGAAUUGGUUAAACAAGCAUGUUCACUAUAUUGUAGAUUAGGUUUUGCAAAGAAAAAGAAUUUAGAACCAUUAUUACCACAAACACCAUCACCAUCAUCAGAAGGUGAUACACAUUCAAAAUGGCAUCAUUCUUGGAUAACUUAUUAUCAAGAAAAUGAAACUAUAAUACCACAACCAAUUUUAAAUAAUAAUAAUAAUAAUAGUAAUACAAUUGAUAAUAGUAAUAAUAAUAAUAAUAAUAAUACAAAUAUAACAUCAUCAAGUAGUAGUAAUACAGCAAUUAAUAACUCAUCACAAUCAUCUACAUUAGAGAAUAAUGAUAAUAUUGUUGAAGGUGUAGUUGAUGAAUCAUUUAAUAAUGGUAAUGAGGAACAAAAAAGAAUUGGAUUUGUAUUUGAUAGUAGUAUAACGGCAUUUUUAAUGAUGGGUAAUUUAGGAUAUGGUUUAAAGAAUCAUGCAGUUACAAUGUUUGAACGUGGUAAAUUAUCAAAUGAAGCAUUGGCUGAUUUCUUACAAGAACUUGAUAAAAUUGAUGUAGAAGAGUUUGUAGAUUCUGAAGCUAAAUUAUAUGCAACAAAUGCAAUCUCUUUAAGAGAUACAAUUAGACAUUUAAAAAAUAAAUAUCGUAUUGAUGAUAGUAAUAGUAGUAAUAGUAAUAGUAGUAGUGGUGGUGGUAGUGGUAAUUUACAAGGUUUAGAUUUAAUUAGUUGUGAAAGAAUGAAUCAAUUGGAUGAAACAACUAGAAUUAGAGUUUUAAAAAAGAAUUAUUCUGUACUGAUUUCAAUGGCACCAUUAUCAAUUGAUUAUUGUCCAGUUAUUAGUUCUGUACCACCAAAUUUUGGACCGGCAGUUUAUGAAGUUCAUUCAUUUUGGUUUAGAAUUUAUUUGUAUAGUAUGGUUGGUAAAGGCCCAAAUUCUAUCCUCUUACCAAAGGGUACAAGAUUGAAAAGAAUUCCAACCAUUUUCAAAGAUUGCGAGAAAAUACUAGUUUGUCCAAUAGAUCAUGAUCCAACAACUGUAAACUUGUCACAAUUGUUACCAUCUGUAAAUGAAACUUUAUUAUCUUCACCAGUGUUAUUAUCAGCUUAUACCUUUAUCAAAUAUGAUACUCAACCAAAGUUAUCAAAGUUAAUGAGUCAUAGUCGUUCAAAUAGUAUAGUAUCAUCUUCAAAAGAUAAUCAAUUACUCUAUCAUAUUCCUUUCCCAUUGGAUGAUUUAUCAGCUGAUAAUGGUUCACCUAAAAAAUAUACAAAUAUUAUAACUAAUAAUACAACAACAACAACAACAACUACUACUACUACAAAUACUACAAAUUUAAAUAAUAAUACUAUUAUAAGUGAAGAUCAAUAUAAUUCAGAUAAUAUUCAUACUCAUCCAAUACUUUAUAAAAUUCAAUCUACUUUUAAUUUAAAAAAUUCUUUUGGCUAUAUUACAUUAUUAAAAAAAGAAACUCAUAUUUUAUUAAAUAAUAAUAAUAAUAAUAAUAAUAAAAAUAAUAUUAAUAAUAAUAAAAAUAAUAAUAAUAAUAAUAAUAAUAAUAAUAAUAAUAAUAAUAAUAAUAAUAAUAAUAAUAAUAAUAAUAAUAAUAAUAAUAAUUCAAUUACACAUCAAAAGGUUUUUGAAUAUUUACCAUUAAAUGUUUAUUAUGGUAUACCAAUAUUUGAUGAUAAAUUAAAUAGAGAGGUUUGUGCAAAAAUUGAUAAAUUCAACUUAUUAUCUAAAGAAAAUUUAAAUAGACAUAGUAUGGAUAGUAGAAAUCUUUCGUUAAAUCUAUUCAAUUUUAUAUCUUCUACUUGUCCUCCAAUUCAUCCAGAUUUAGAUUCAAUAGAUGCCACUAAAAUCAAUUCAAAUUUACCAUCUGUUCAAAAUAUUCCCUUUCCAACUCAAAUCAUUACUUUUGUAAAUGGAAAUUUAGAUUUAUAA